AUGGCUGAUGCCAUGGACGAUUUAACACAAUGCACGAUCAGAUAUUCUCGUCAGCUUGACUAAGUUACACGACCACGGGAGUACUUAUAUGUCGAUACACUACAGAACGUAUUGUUCAGCUGGCGAGAAAUACAACUAAGAGGCACGGAAUCGUAACAUGGAGGUCUUAAUCUGCGGCAUUAAUUCCCCACCAUUAAUAUGGCGUGUGCGGGAGGCGAGCAGAUCGGCCAGCUACCACACCUCUAUCGCAGGCGCAGGAACCACAUUGUAUGGAGAUUAAUGAACUCGCCAGAUUAGAUUUGCUCCGACCCUGUUGCCUAGAGGGGCAGUCAUACAACGUAUUGGACACACGAGGGGUGUACGUGUUCCGGGGCAGAUGGGCCAUCUCUCUCCCAAGCAGAGUGUAACACGUGCGAGAUAGCAUCAGUGAAGGGUGUGGGAUCCUGCCCUAUAAUGUGCGGUGCAUUGUUGAGGGACAAUACUUCAGAGGAAAUGACGUUUCUGGCAAUAGGUGUUUACAACUUUGACAAGGACACGUGUCACUGAUGCUAACGUUGUAUUCAAUGGAACAAGGUCCUGGUAACAUUAUAUCAGGUUAUAUUUAUCCGCCACCUUGCAAUGUUGUGUCGUCUUGCAGUUAUAGGCUUGGAACCAGAGGAGCUACACCAGUUACUGACGCUGAUGCCAAGUGUACACUUUCUACAUGUAUACCUAUGCUCCUGUAACCCCUACAACAUUGAAAACAACAGAGAUAACUAACUGACAAGUCCAUAGGAAAGGUUCAUAUAUAUCGGUAUGUCUGGACACAGAAGAGGACUGGAAAUUGCAUGAGAGUGUGUGUGAAAUGCUUACUGACCAGUUGACCAACAAGGAAGUGGAACCUAUUUGAGGCGGUAUUUCUGUAUUCACUGGAGUGUGAGGGAAACAUGUAUUCGUCACUAGUCACCGGAUUUAUGUCAGGGAUUAUUCAAGCCAUUACACAUUAGCUCAAGACACGCCAGUAAACUAAACACGAAGACUGUAUUGUGGGUGUGGGUCCAUGUGAUAAUCCUUGUUUACCGGUCACCAAGUGCUUUGUACAAACAUCCUCAGGCAAACGCUUGACAAGAAGGAGGAUUAAUGUUGACAGGCUUCCGAAGAGGCAUGUCUUGCUAGGACGAAAAGGAAAGAAGUAUCUGAACAUUUGAUUUUGCAAAUCAUUAUAAUGCCAACGUCUGCGAGUCGACGUUUGUCCUCUUCGCGACCCCGCACCACCCAGAGCUCUGCGGGGAGGUUGAGUGCCCGUCAGGCGGUUGGGAGGGAAGAGGCCCGACCGGGAGAGUAUGAGAUAGAACUUCUGGAGUAUGAGUGGCCUGACCUGCCGCCCAUCCCCAAUAUGAAGGAUGCCAUUACGAGAAGGCGAGUCAGCAACGGCAUUACAUAUCUACUUCCGGUAGACAAGGGUAAAAACUCCAUCAACAGUCAUUUCAGGACGGACCUGAGAGCCAUGUUUCAGGAGCCAUAUGCAAGUGAUGAUCUAAAAUAUGAUGACGGCAGAGUUAAACUUAGUGCCAAGGUUCACUUCACAUCAAAUACAGCUGACACUAAAUGGACACAAGAUCACUUACGAUCACUUCCGGUUGAACUUAAUGCUAAUUCUGAGCAGGUCCGGAAGUUGUAUACUCGGUCUGCUCCCUCCAGUGCUACUGCAAGUAGAAGGAUGGGUAUCGACCCUGGUAAGUUAAGAAACAGGUCAAACCUAUACCUGCCUAUUAAGGCACGGAUUCCACCGGAAGCCAUUAAAAUCAGAAAGGAAGUAGAGCAAAUCAUCAAGUGUGUGCAAGAGGAUGACGGUGAAUAUGACGAAUCUGAAAAUGCUCUGCACGAGGACCACCUGCAAGAUACGACUGUUCCAGACAGGAGAAAAACGCUCGUCCUUGACGACACCAUGGUGAUGGAAGGCAUCCAAAGCAUGUCAAAUCUGGCAUUGAAGUGUCAAAAUUCGCCCUACGGGAAACAACACUUCAACUCCUAUGAGGAGUUGCGGACGGCUAAACCUCCACGGAUUGUCAUCCCCGGUGCCUUCAAGUCACAGUUCUUGUCGGACGAGAAGAACCAGGACAUUUGGGACUGGUUACAUGACGGGGAUGCGCUGAACGACUUUGAGUACUUCCUGUCAGUGUGUGGUUGAGGAUGUUGUGCGUGUGGGACCUUUUAUUAUCUCUACAGCAAGCGGAUGUCGUGCACGUACAACUCAAGAGACACAGAUGUAUACAUACUCCCACGAUUCAAACAAUCGGACGCAAGUAUGGGAAUUUCGCUUUACUUCCUGAUUUAAACUGGUUAAUGUAGAGCCUAUUUUCGGCCAAACGCAUCGUCAUAACCUCACAGUAGUACUAAGUGGAUUCAAGGGAAGUGUUGGCGUGUUGAUGAUGGGAUAGAAGCUCCGUAAAAGACUUUUUCUUAAUCCUCUAGACAAUACCUGACUGGAUAUACUGGAUUGGGAACGGUAAUGACCUUCUGUCUUAAUGUCUUGGAAGGGCCUGACCAUGGUUUACGUUACCCCCUCUCGUGACUGUGUUGAACUGAAGCAACCAUGACAUGGUUGAAUGAGGUUAUAGUUCCUGGAAUCAACCAACAUUGCUAUCAUGCAUGUGAAAUAUAACAUCGGAGUGAUUGGCUCCACAUCCGGAUCAGAAUAGGUCUUCAGCAACCCUGCUUGUUGUAAGACGCGACUGAUCGGGUGAUCAGGAAGCUGAUUUGUUCGAUGUAUAUCAUCGUAUCCCAAUUGCGUAGGUCGAUGCUCAUGAUAUCAAUCACUGGAUUGACUGGUCCAGACUUGAUUAUUUACUGACAGCCGUCAUAUAGCUGGAAUAUUGCUGAGUGUGGCGUGAAAAAACAAGCAAAAGGUUUUGCUGCAUCGCUUGAUAUUAGAUGCAUGUAUAGAAAUGAUUUAUGUAUCCUAUGAGUGAACUACUACCGUACAAAGUAUUAAUACUGGUUGAAUACUCACAACCGUGUGCCUCAUAUAUGAUGUGUUCAUUUACCAUUUAUCAAGGGAAUUAAUUGGUUGAUCUCCAAAACUGAAGAAGGAACACGCAGUUCAACCACUUCCUUCAGGAGCGGAAGUGACGACACGCAGCUAUAAGUUGUAACUAUCUUUGUUUCAUCACGAGCACGAUCCGUGUCAAGGCGCGUCCAUAAUUGGGAUCCUUUCAACAUGAAGUGGACGAAUGUGUGAGUGAGUGAGCUGGGUUUUACGCCGCUUUGAACAUUAUGUCCAAUAUAAUGGCGUGUAAUAAUGAAAGCCGACGUAAAGUGACGCAGAUUGUCGACGUUUUUCACCAUAAUAUAAUCAACGACCAACCAAUCGUCAUAAACAGGCGAGACUGAGAUUGGAAACCACAAACGACCAAUCCAAGAACGAUAGCGGCCCUUCGAUUCCUUUAAAAUCAGUGAGUGAGUAUGUUAGCCUUCAGCCGUUUUUCUGCAAUAUUCAUGUCAUGGGUUUUGUCACAAUGUACCCUGCGGAAAGUUUAACCUUGGUGUGGGGGACGUACGACUUAACCAGAUGGUACCAUGUGUCGACUUCCCCGACAGUGGCCCGACGUGACAGUGCAGGUUCCUGGAACCACAGAGUAACCGUCCGGCGAGUACAAAUUAUUACGGCUAUUUUGAAUGUUUAUGCAUCUAUCAUGGAAUUAGUAGCUGCUUUACAAAUAUUUCGGUUAGGCAUCAUGAAUUUACGAUGAUGUUAAAUGGACUUCCUAUCUUUCUUGUUUGAGAUGUAAAUGUGUCUGAAGAUUUUGAAUAUGUGUUUUUGAUUGAAACGAUAAAAAGGCAAAUAUUCAAAUAAAUCCUUCUUACUGCAUUAUCUGAGA